AUGGGGGGACGGCGGGAAAGGGGCAAGGAUCCCGGAGCACAGGAGCCCAGCCGCUCGGAUCGAUCUCCCCACAGGGACUGUUGCCCUAGGCUGGGGAGACUGGGAAACCCCGGUCCCUGGGGCGGGGGCGAGGGCGAGCCUAGGCUCUGGAGCUCAGCCGUCAUCCCCGAGUUUACCCGCCCACCUCCUGGGACCGUGGGAGCGGAGCGGGGAGGGGAGGAGCAGGUGGGCUCAAUUCUGACUCUACCAGUGCCCUGCUUUCUUGGGUGUCUCCCUUUCUGCUUCUCUCUGGAGUCUUUGUCCCCGGCUUCUUUGCCUCCACAUCGCUCUGUUCUAGGCUUUAGCAGAGAUUCCUUGGUGGAGGCUCGGUGUCCCGCCAUCACAUCUGCCCCCGCCAGCAGGGAUCAGGGACCGAGUCCAGCCCCCUCCGGGACCCUCGUCCGCCUCCUGCCCUUGCUCUCCUUUCUCCUCCCUCGUGGCCUGUCUCUGGUUCCUUUCCCUUUGGUGUCCUCGGCCCAGGUCGAACUCAUCCUGGACCCGAAGGCCACUCCUUGGCCCCCUGGCCCUCCUCUGCAUUCCCUCCGGCUGUGGGGCCUCCCGGGGUUGACCUUUGUUCUCGGAAUUCCAGCCGUAGCCAUCAGCGUUGUGCUGCCUCAGCACUCCUCCUGCCAGGCUUGCCCUCCCGCCUCCCUUUCCACACUGCCCCUCCAUGGAGGGGGAGGGGGGCAUAGGGAAGCCUCAACCAAAGAACUGGCCCUGGCUUCAGCGGGGCCCUCGGAAGGUCUCAGGAGAUGGGGAGGACAAGCAGGACAUCUCUUCUCCGUGUCCCAACUACCCCGAUGCACUUGUCCUUGGGAUCUGCUUGGUUAGUGGUCAGGGACCCCAUGCUGGGCCAAUCAAACCCAGCCCCUUAGAUUAACUUCUGUAAUCCUGGGGAAGAGCUGACUCUAGUUUGAGCUCUCCCUAAUUCUUCCACCCACUUCCCAAUCUUAGUGUUUGGUUUCGGGAAGGAGUCGGUUCCCUUCAUUUGCCCUCUGGGCUACAUGCUUGAGGAGGGGGUGCCAAGACCCACGACAGCACAAUCUCAGCUUUUCUCCCCAAGUUCAUCUCCACCUUACUCCAUUUGGGUUGGGGAACAAAGAACAAAGAACAACAGGAUGCCGAA